ACUUAUAUGCAAUAUUCUAACUCACCCUACUUCAUCAACUGCUUUCUUACAUACCAAAUAUAAAUAUCUAAUUUAACAUUUGAUUCGAUUGUAAUUAUAAUGUCUAGCCGAAGGUCUCGAGGAACUACAAGGAUCACAGACGAGCAGAUCGCUGAACUCGUCUCCAAGUUGCAACAACUUCUUCCUGAGCUUCGGAACCAUCGUUCCAAUAAGGCGUCGGCCUCAAAGGUUUUACAGGAGACCUGCAACUACGUGAGAAGCUUGCACAAGGAGGUUGAUGACCUUAGUGAUCGUCUCUCGCGGUUAUUGUCCACCAUUGAUGACGAUAGCCCUCAAGCUUCCAUCAUAAGGAGUUUAAUUAAUUAGUUAAGAACAAAUAUAUAUUUAAGUACUUUGAACAAUUGCUUAGUAAUUUAUAUGGAUUUCUAGUGCUUUGCGGUGUAAUCCUACCUUUGUAUUUGAUUGGUUAAAUUACAGUCUCCGAUAAAAAUAUGUUUAUGUUUAUAACAUUCGCGCAUGCGUUCAUGUAUAUGUUAUAUUCGAGUUAAUUUCAC